AUGAUGUCCUCUAACAUACUCUCGCGUUUCCUGCCACCGACGGGCUCACCUUCUGUCUAUGAGACCCUCAGACAACAAGAUGCAGACUCUGAAUCUUCGGAUAUCGAAGAGCGCGCCGGCCUCGCCAUGGAGGAUCCACAAGAACACUUUAAUGAUCGGGAGCUGGAGGAGGCACUGGCAGAUGUAAGGGACAGUGAAAUAACCAGUCCCAGUGCUCUUCUCAGCCCGAAGCGGUCGCGGAAGCCACCGAAAGAGCGAACGUCGCCACCGGCUACACGCCGUCGCAAGCCAUCGAGGCCGAGAUGGAUGGCCCAAGACCUAUCGCCAGGGUAUGAGCUUGACGAUAAUGAUGAAGAUGUUCCUCAGUCACUGCUGGUGGAGGAAAAUCAUGAAUAUGCGAAAUCGCGGUUGCCUCCUCCUCCCCGGUCCCAUAAUCGUUCGGAUCGACGGACUGCCAGUCCCGAUCCAUCUCCGCUCAACCGAGCCCGCUGGAACCAGCAAAAAGCUCCCCCACCACCUCAGAAUUUUGCUGGCAAUCCAUUGGGGAGGUUAUUUGCGGGGCAACAUCCUGGCCUUGCCAAUGUUGACCCUAAGAAGAAAGCAAUGUGGCGGUGGGCAAAUGUGGAGGAUCUAGAUAAUUUCCUCAAAGAUGUCUAUACCUACUUUUUAGGGAACGGCAUUUGGUCUAUUUUACUAACCAGGGUAUUGAAUCUUCUGACAUUUGCAUUCGUUGUUGGGUUCUCAACUUUUUUAAUGAACUGCAUCGAUUACCCCAAGGUCCGAGGGAGCAAGUCUCUGAAUGACAUCCUCGUGCCUCAGUGCACAGCAAAGAUGUCUGGGUCAUCCACAUUUUUGUUGUGGCUGUUCAGCUUCUUCUGGAUAGGAAAGUUCUUCCAGUACUUGCUGGACAUUCGCAGGCUCAAACAUUUACAUGAUUUCUAUUACUACCUGCUUGGUGUUUCCGAUGCGGAAGUACAGACAAUAUCGUGGCAAGAGGUGGUGAGCCGACUAAUGACCUUGAGAGACUCGAACCCAGCUACAGCGGCUGCUGUCUCUGCCCAACACCGCAGAUUCUUAGGUAGCCAGUCGAAACAACGCAUGGAUGCCCACGACAUUGCCAAUCGCCUGAUGCGGAAAGAGAACUAUAUGAUCGCACUGGUAAACAAGGAUAUUUUGGACCUCACUCUCCCAAUUCCAUUCCUCAGGAAUCGACAACUGUUUUCCCGGACUAUGGAGUGGAAUCUCAAUCUGUGUAUUAUGGACUUUGUCUUCAAUGAACAGGGUCAACUGCGCACUUUGUUCCUCAAAGAUACCCAUCGCAGGCUGUUGAGUGACAGCUUACGUCGGCGCUUUGUUAUUGCUGGUAUCAUGAAUAUUUUUGUAGCACCAUUUAUUGUGGUCUAUUUCAUGAUGCACUAUUUUUUCCGCUAUUUCAACGAGUUCAAGAAGAAUCCAGGUCAAAUUGGCUCCCGUCAAUACACACCCAUGGCGGAAUGGAAAUUCCGCGAAUUCAACGAGCUCUGGCAUAUUUUCGAACGUCGCAUCAACAUGUCUUAUCCGUUCGCCAGUCGCUAUGUUGAUCAGUUCCCCAAGGAUAAGACUGUCCAAGUGGCGCGAUUCGUCGCCUUUGUCUCUGGGGCUCUUGCUUCGGUGCUAGCUCUCGCAUCUGUGAUAGACCCAGAGCUAUUCCUUGGAUUUGAAUUAACCCCUGACCGGACUGUCCUAUUCUACCUUGGUAUUUUUGGUACAGUUUGGGCUUUCGCACGGGGUCUUGCACCCGAAGAGACCGAUGUCUUUGACCCGGAGUUUGCCCUCCUCGAGUUAAUCGAUUUCACACACUAUUUCCCAUCGGGAUGGAAAGGACGUCUGCAUAGCGACGACGUACGCAAGGAAUUCGCAAUUCUCUAUCAACUGAAGAUCGUCAUCUUCCUAGAAGAAAUCCUGAGCAUGAUAUUCACUCCUUUCGUUCUGUGGUUUACCCUGCCCAAAUGCAGCGACCGCAUCAUCGACUUCUUCCGAGAAUUCACCGUGCACGUCGACGGUGUAGGCUACCUUUGCUCCUUCGCAGUCUUCGAUUUCAAGAAGGGCACAAAUGUCCUCUCCCAAGCGGCACCAGGACGACGAGAUCCGACCAAACAAGACCUACGCACUGAUUACUUCUCCACCAAAGACGGCAAGAUGCUCGCGUCCUAUUAUGGCUUCCUAGACAACUACGGCGCAAACCCUCAACCAACCAACCGACGCCAAUUCCACCCGCCGCCAACCCUCCCAACCCUCGGCUCAGCCUCUGCAGCUGACUUCGGCGCUCCCCCGGAUCUGCAAACUCGUCCUGUGCCAACCUUAGCUGCACACUUCGGCCCUCAAUCCCUUGUUGGGGCCUCUAGAUCCAGACCAAUGGGCCUAGAUACCCGCUCCCCAGUCCCCUCCAUGCUCCUCGACCCACACCACCAACCCUCCACUUCUGGGUUCCGCCCAGCGGUCCGUUCCACUCCCCACCAUCACCAGCACCAGCACAAGCGGACCAGACUAGCACGCUCACAGCACCCAGCCGCAAACUCUCUUGAUGACGAGGAUCCGAUAUCCCAAGAAGGCCCUGGGUCAGCCGCUCAACAGUGUGCUCCUCACACAGGUGCUUCCAGCGGUGGCGCAGGCGCUAGUGAUAGCCUAGGCGAUUCAUGGCGUAUGAACCCGCUUGGUAAAGAUGAGGAUGAGGGCGACGAAGGUGAUGAGGGCGAGAAUAUUGAUGCUAUUGCUGGUGGGGCUGGUGUUUUGGGGUUGAUUCAACAGUUCCAGAAGGCUAACACUGAUGGCCGGCGCACGACUGUUGGUAUUUAG